CCUGGAGGCAAUUGGGAAGAGUGUUUAACAACUCAAGCGGGAGUGAGAGCGAGAGAGAAAAAAAAUAAAUCCUCAGUGGUGGUGAGGUCUUUGAUUCAUCAACAGGUGCCACAAGGAGCAUUCCUACUAUCAAGGCCAUGACCACUAAACCCCAAUGGAGUGCCCUGCUAGCCCUGGUCUGCACCAUGUCGCACUGCAGCUUUGCUCACGCAGCGGACUCCUCAGCCCCUGAGCAACCGCUUACCUUCAGCCAUGUCUAUAACAUCGACAUUCCAGGGGGUUCCGCUUGCAAACUGGAGCGCCUGCCUAGCCCGGAUGAAAAAGGUCUGCAGAUGGAAACCACAAAGAGUGACGCGAACGACAUCAUCUUCAGGCACAACAUCAGAUUGCAGUCGCCCAAGUGUGACUGCGGGGAGUCGGAGACUUUUAAAUCUCUCCUGUACAGACUGAAUGGCUUGGAAGAGGAGGUCAACUACCUGAAGAGCCAGUGUGCUCAGGGAUGUUGCGGCAGUGGAGGGGCAAUAGGUGUGGACACAAUCUGCGGUGACCAUGGUACCUACCGGCAGGAGACAUGCAGCUGCCUCUGUUACCCUGGAUGGGAAGGCCCAGACUGCACGGUGUCCUCUUGUCCGGACGAGUGCAACGACAACGGCCGCUGCGUGGAUCGCAGGUGCGUCUGCCAUCAGGGCUACACCGGAGAAGACUGCAGUGAGCUGAUGUGUCCCAACAACUGCAACGACAAGGGUCGCUGUGUGGAUGGAAUAUGCGUCUGCUUCCCACACUUCACCGGCGACGACUGCAGUGUCCAGAAGUGUCCCAAUGACUGCAGCCGGAAUGGCCUUUGUUUUGAUGGCCAGUGUGUCUGUGACCAGGGCUUUUAUGGAGAAGACUGCUCAUUAGUUCUUAGUCCUCAAGGUCUAAGGUUGGUCCAGGCAACUGAUGUCUCCCUCCUGGUCCAGUGGUUGCCAGUUCCUGGGGCCGACUAUUACGUUUUAACCUAUCAUCCCCGAGGUCAGGGGAGCGCCUUGAAGCAGGUUCGGGUUCCCAACAUGGAUAACUCCUACCUCCUCACAGGCCUGAAUUCGGGGCUUACCUACUUUGUUGAAGUCCACGCUGUCAUCAGAGGCAUCCAAAGUGGAGCGGAUGAGAUCGAAGCCACCACGGUUGUCUCAGCAGUCAACGAUAUCCGAGUUCUGGACCGUACAGACAUCUCAAUCCAGGUGGACUGGAGCAACCCACAAGCGGAGGUGGAUCACUUCCGGCUAACACACACUGACCCAUCAGGACAGGAGGAGGAGCUGAGCGUACAGCCAAGCCAAGAGGCGCGAACCAAACACACCAUCAUGGGUCUGUAUCCAGGAACAGAAUACUUGAUUGCAGUGCAGGCUAUAAAAGGACCAAUUGAGGGGAACUCUUCCACAGUCACAGGUUCUACAAACAUUGACGCUCCAACAAACCUGGUCACCAGUCAAGUAACAGAAGAUACUGCAACGGUUUCUUGGGACCCAGUCCAGGCCCAAAUCGAGGGCUAUAUGUUGACGUACACCUCAGAUGCGGGCUCCAGCGGCGAGAUCCCUGUUGGGCGCGACAUGACUUCAUACACGCUGGUCGGCCUGAAGCCCGGCGUGGUCUACACCAUCGACAUCUGGGCCUUCAGGGGGAAUAAGGUCAGCAGGAAGAGUUUCACCAUGGCUGAGACAGAGAUGGACGCUCCUACUAACCUCUUGGCCCAGAAAGAAACAGAGAGCAGCUUGAAGGUAUCAUGGGAGGGCGUCCAUGCAGAAAUCGACGGCUAUGUGCUGACCUACCGUUCUCCUGAUGGCUCAAACGAGGAAAUCCCACUUGGGCCUGACAGUAACACUUACACAAUAAAAGGCUUGCGGUCCGGAGUCAUCUAUACAGUCUACAUCUGGGCUGUCAAGGGGAACAAAGUCAGCAGGAAGGUCUCAACACAAGCAGAGACAGAACUGGAUGCUCCAGCUAACCUCUUAGCCCAUGAUGAGACAGAGAGCAGCUUCAGGGUGACAUGGGAGGGCGUCAAGGCAGAAAUCGACGGCUACGUGCUAAAGUACCGUUCCCCUGAUGGCUCGAGCGAGGAAAUCCCAGUUGGGCCUCACACUAGCACUUACACAAUAAGCGGCUUGAGGCCUGGAGUCAUCUACACAGUCCGCAUCUGGGCUGCCAAGGGAAAUAAAGCCAGCAGGAAGGUCUCAACACAAGCACAGACAGAACUGGACGCUCCUGCUAACCUUUUAGCCCAUGACGAGACAGAGAGCAGCUUCAAGGUGUCGUGGGAUGGUGUCCAGGCAGAAAUCGACGGCUACGUCCUCACAUACAGCUCUUCGGAGGGCUUUAGUGGGGAGAUCUCUCUGGGACCAGACACCACUUCCUACAGCGUGACGGGCUUGAGACCAGGCGAGGUGUACACUGUCUACAUCUGGGCUGUCAAGGGAAGCAAAGUCAGCAGGAAGGCCUCAACACAAGCGCAAACAGAACUGGACGAUCCUGCUAACCCCUUAGCCAGAGACCAAACCGAGAGCAGCUUCAGAGUGUCCUGGGACGCCGUCCAGGCAGAAAUCGACGGCUAUGUCCUCACUCACAGUUCCUCAGAGGGCUCAAGUGGGGAAAUCCACGUUGGUCCCGAGAGCGAUUCUCACAGUCUGACUGGUUUGAGGCCCGGUGUCGUCUACACGGUCUACAUCUGGGCCGUCAAAGGAGGCAGAAGCAGCAGGAAGAUUUCAGUACAAGCAGAGACAGACAUUGACGCUCCGAAGGACCUGCGGGCUUUGGGUGUCACCACAGAGUCUGCAACGUUGAGCUGGGCCGCUCCUUUGGCUGACAUUGAUGGCUACAUCCUUAGCUACAGGGAUGAGGAUGGCAACAUGGAGACUGUUGAGAAGCACCUUGGAGCCAGAGAGACCAGCUUUGCCGUAUCAAGCCUCCAGAUGGCCAAGAGAUACAUGGUCAGCAUCAUCGCUUAUAGAGGGAGCAGGAGGAGCAAAGUGGUGGAAACCGUCUUCAAAACAGUUGGCGUCAUGUACCCCUUCCCCAUGGACUGCCUUCAGAUCAUGAAAAAUGGCAUCAAGAAGAGUGGCAUCUACACCAUAUACAUCAACAAUGACAACUCCAAACCAAUAGAAGCGUACUGCGACAUGGAUACUGAUGGAGGCGGCUGGCUGGUCCUGCAGCGUCGCACUACUGGCAAACUGGACUUCAUGAAACGCUGGAGGCAGUACGUAGCUGGUUUUGGGAACAUGACCGACGAGUUUUGGAUCGGGCUGGAUAAGAUGCACAAGAUGACCGACACAGCCAUCCAGUACGAGGUGAGGUUCGAUUUGGGCCUCGGCUCCGAGAGGGCCUACGCCGUCUACGACGGCUUCAAGAUCGCCCCUGCCAGGCAGAAGUUUGCGCUCACCGUCGGCAACUACAGAGGGACAGCAGGUGACGCAAUGACCUACCACCAAGGUCGCCCCUGGACGACUCUCGACUCGGAUAAUGACAUCGCCCUCGGCAACUGUGCCCUCACGCAUCGCGGGGCCUGGUGGUACAAAAACUGUCACCUGGCCAACCUCAAUGGUAAAUGGGGAGACAACAGGCACAGUCUGGGGGUCAACUGGGAGCCGUGGAAAGGUCACCUGGCAUCCCUGGACUUCACCGAGAUGAAGAUCCGGCCGGCGGGAGCGUACUCCAGCAGGAAGAGGCGCUCGUUGAUGGCCAGAGAGAAGAACCAACGGAACACCGCCCGCCACCAGGGGAAGUAGAAGACUGCCAACGAGCCAUAGAUCUCACUCAACUUUGGUGUAUUCCGAGUGAGCCUGACCUCUUUAGAAUUUAGUCGUACUUGGUGCAAAAUAAUCAGCAUGAAAUUUUAGUUAGAAAAUAUUGGAAAAUAUAUGGCUCCAUUUCUAUAGCGCUUGAGCCUAACCCAUAUGACUUUGGGCUAGAGGCGCGGUACCGCCUAGACUUGUCAUCAGCCAAUCGCAGGGCACAUAUGGACAAACCAUUCACAUUCUCACAUUCACACCUAUGGACAAUUUGGAGUCUUCAAUGGGCGAGGAAGCCAGAGUACCUGGAGAAAAUCCAAGCGAGCACAGGGAGAACAUGCAAACUCCACACAGGACGGCCCGAGUCAAGAUUCGUACCCAGAAAGCUCUCGACUGUGAGAAAGACGUGAUAACCACUAUGCAACUGUGCUUCCCAGUAUUGGAAACCAUUGCACAAAUUACUAUUUUUAUAGCAAAACAGAGUUAGUAGAGACUCAUUUUGUAGGACCAACAAUUGAUUAGCUGCUAAAUUCUCCUAAGGGCAUAUUAUUGGAUCACUUGUCUCAAUGUGGAACUCAUCCAUGAAUUCACAUUCAUGUGCACACUUUCAAAUAAUCUGAGGUCCGCUUGUAAAAAAAUGUUAUCUGUCUUAGUUGAAUUAGUAUUAGUCUGAUAGAUAAUAAGAAAGUGCCCCUGGUUUUCCCCAACCUUUAUUUAGCGAAGGCAUUAAUUUGACUUUACAAAAAUCUCACAGUACACCACCAUACAAAAAUGUGACAAAAAAUGAAAAUUUACUCACAAAUGUACUUAGUGUGGUAACUUACUGGAACACAAAACUAUUAUUCUGUUGUGUGAGAGGCAAUGGGUAGAUAAAUCCAAGUUCGUUAUGCCUUCUGUCAUCUAGUGGAAGAGCAUGUCAUUGUUCUGCAUGUCACUAUACGUCGCUGGCAUAGAUGUAUCAACACAGUGGAACCUCGAUUUUCGUGAUUAAUCCCUUCCAGAAAGUCUGACCAAAGCCAAAACGUAUGAAAUCCACUCCAACUCCGAUAAUCCGUUACAGACACCCAGAAAUAUUCACAAGAAAUGCAUUUAAUAGGGAAUAUAUAUAGCUUUUCUUACAAAACUGUUUAAAAUAAAUCUAAAUGACUAAUGAAGUGGAUAAAUGAACAUUUAACAUAACUUUUACUUUUACUGAAGACCCUAGAUGGCAUAUACAGCGAGAAGGAAGCAGAGGGAAGCCAUUUUUGGAGUUCUUUCAUGAAUGAAGUAAUUGUGAGCACAGGGAACUUUCUGUUGUAUUAUGUAUAAAGGGUUCAAUAAAUGGCAAGGUGUAUUCCACAAUGCAAGCCUAUACUAACAACUCAAGGCAAUAACAAGCCUCCCGGUCUGCUCGGCAACACGGCAAAUUUGGGGCAACAUCAGCGUAAUAUACUGUCAAAACUCAGGCUUUCACAAAUAAAAGUACUGACUUUUGACAUGAUGUGUUUUGUAGGUGUUGCAGAGCAGACCAGAAGGGUUAUUGAUUUGAAUUGUUUCCGAUGCUUUGCGUUAAACGUGCAUCAAUUCCGGGAAAUGAGUGGCUUAGUUACGUAGUUUUUUGAACAAAAAUCGUGCGGAUAGACAAAAACCCGGACAAAAUUUAGAGGAUACAUUUUUUUUUUUUAAACUAAAUCAUCCGAAAACUAGGACAUACUAUAAUGGAGGUUCCACUGUAAAUAAUAAUUUUCAAACCAAUUGGGUAAAAUUUGCUCAAUUCCCAUGGCACACCUGAUAUACUCUCACGGCAAAUGUGUUGGGAAUCACUGGUAUACGCAACAAAAUUCACCAAUUUCGGUUACAAAUUGUUUAGAAUUCUGAGCCAGAUUCCUCUCCAGUGGCUGUAUUCAAUUUUUGUUCUUUAGCUUGUGUAUAAGUUUGAUGUUUUAUUAGGAAACUAGCAUAUUUUCCCCAACGAUACGGAGUCUUGUCAUAAUAAUUGGAAUAAAUGGAAAAAAAAGUUCCAUUGUCUUGUGCGUUGUCUUCAAGAACAGAUGAGUUUUGGACAAGGCGGCGCAGGCUCGACACGUACUGUCACAUCACAUUAGCUGCGCAGGACGAGCGAGCGAAUUCGCAUUAAGCGCUACCGAUUGUCUGCACUUUUGCUGUUUUACAUUCCAGUGACGAGGACCGCGCCGAUCGAUCAACGCGAUGGGCCUCAAUCGAACAUCAAUUAGACGCUGUUCCAUCUCACUCGCUCUCUGUGUUCACGUCACCGCAUGACUCAAAGCUCGUUUUAAUCUGCAAAACUGACAAAUGUUAUUAAUAUGGCUUUCGGUUUAUGUACAUUUUCUUUUACUACUACUACUGAUGAGGACGGAACGCGUCGGCUGACGUUUUUGUUCUGCUGCCAGAGCCGAUUUAUUCGUGUCUUCCUCUCAUUGAUUGGACGAUCUUUGACUUGGGAAACCUUCCUGGCCAGUUGGGUGUUAAUUAUAGCCAAGCAGCUAAUUGAUAUGCACCAAUCUAAAGUACUGUAUAUGUUUAUAACAUGGAUACAUGCUUUAGUAACGUCAACUCAUUUUACUGAUCUUAAACGAGUUUCAUGCAAUGAACGAUGAAGGAUAGUACGAUAGGAUUUACUACUGUACUACUACCUACUAUUAUAACGACUACUACUUCUAGAAUACUACAAUGAGCACUACUGCUAUGACUUCAUACUACUACUAAGACUACUAGCACUACUAUUGCUAGCACUACAGUACUACUACUCCUACUACUACUGCUACUAGCACUACUAUUAUGACUUCAUAAUAAUUCUAAAUACUACUACUACUAGCACUCCUACUACUACAACUUCCUACAACUGUAUUCUACUACUUCACCUACUACUAGCACUACUACAACUCCAACAUCCUACUACUGGGACUACUAAUAUUAAUAAUACUACUACAAGCACCAAAACAGCUAAAACUACAUUACUACUACUACUACUAGCACUAGUACUAUGAAUUCAUAACACUAUUACAUAAUAUGAAAACUACUCUACUAGUACUACUAAAACAAUGACCACAUACUACUACCUGCACUACUACAACUUCAACUAUGCCGACUACUAGCACUACUACUACUAGGAUGAGCACUGCUACUACUUGCUUUAAAAGUGCUUAACAAAUAGUUAAGCACUAGACAAUAGCAAUAGACUGGACUACUGCUCGCACUACUACAACAACAACAACAACUUCAACUACUACAUUCUGCUACCAACACUACUACACUAUACAUAUUAUUACUACUCGCACUACUAGUACUACUAGUACUACAACAACUAAAUAACGAGAGUCCAUUGACUGAUGACUGAUGUUUCUUCGUAAUGAAGUUGUGCAACAACAUACAGGAACUGUUUGUGUUCUGCACUUUCAAAACAGGGUCCCAAGUUUCCCAAAUCUGAAAAUAGUGCAGUCACUGUCUGGACUGGAGCUAUUUUUAUGACAGGGUUACGACACCAUUUAAACCCAAAAGCUUCAGAAAUUCAUACGUCCUCACACACUGCAAGCAGAAAGUCAUUUUAAAAUACAGUACAGUGCAGUACAGGGUCGUGAGUGAGCUGGAGCCUCUCCCAGCUGACUUUGGGUGAGAGGCACCAAUAAAUGUUUUUGGAAUGUGGGAUGAAACCAGAAUACCCAGAGAAAACCCACACAAGCGCAGGGAGAACGUACAAACUCCACACAGGAAUGAAUUUCAGGAAUGUUCAACGCCCUCACUUUUACCAGUGAUAUUGUUCAAAACCCACACUUUUCCGGUGAUAGGGUUCAACAACCACACUGUUUCCAUUCAUAGGGUUCAAGACCCACACUUUUACCGGUCAUAGGGAUUCAACACCCUCACUUUUUCCAGUCAUAGGGUUCAACACCCUGACUUUUUCCUGUGACAGGGUUCAACACGUACACUUUUCCAAAGGUAGGAUUCAACUCCCACAUUUUUCCCCUUGAUGGGGUUCAACACCCACACUUUUCCCCCUCAUUAUUAUCAAUAUGCCCCACACACAAACUAGCACAAUUUC